AUGAACAUAGGGAUAAACAAAGCAAAGGCUCUGCAACUAGAACUAAACCAUUUAAAGGAAACAAAUGACCAAUUAGUAUCCAAGGUUGAAAAACUCAAGUAUCAAAGUUAUGGUGGAAGACGGAGCUACUUAUGUGCAUCAAACCAAAGUAUUGCACCAAAAUCCAGGUCUCCGGAAAUGUCUAAGAACUCAUUAUUAGUUAAUGUCGUGGGCGUCGUCGUUGACAGAGUGGCAUCAACUGGAAUUCCCAGAAAAACGGUAAAACCUGAAUUGGUUCACGGUGAGUCCGAGAUCAGCGAUCACACCAAAGACCUCCAAAAAAAUCUAAUGAGGCAGGUACACGAAGAUGUGAUCAAUAAACCAAACAUGUUGGCCAACUAUAAAACGGAAUCAUGCAACUCAUGUGGUGAUUCGAAAGAUUUGAAUUUUGGAAUUGCUGAACUCAUGAAGAAAAAAGAUAUAUCAGACGCAUGCGACGAAAGUAUUAUGCAGCAGAUUGAACCUGAUGUAGCUGUUAACCCUUUUUCACUGUCCAAUGUUCAUGAAAUGAAAUCGACCAGGGAAGAUCAAUCGAUAACAAACUUGAGAAACAAGGAUGAAGAAUUAAUUAAUGCCCGAGAAGUUAACUUGCAGAAAGAAAAUUCGUCCCCAGACGAUGAUGAUACGAGCAGUAUAUCAUCUGUUAGUGAUACUGAUUAA